UGGAUAUUGCAGAAUGCUUACAAAAUUGGAUUUGUCUCGUUGUGAAAAACUUAAGAAGCUUCCAGAAUUUAAAUUGAGCAACUUGAAGCAUUUGGAUCUCAAGAAGAGCUGGAGGUUAACAGAAACCCCUAAUUUUGGUGAUAUGCCAAACUUGGAGACACUAUAUUUAGGGUGGUGUGAGAAUUUGGAAGAGGUCCAUCUCUCUCUUGGACAUUGCAGAAUGCUUACACAAUUGGAUUUGAAGUGUUGUCGCAAACUUAAGAAGCUUCCAGAAUUUAAAUUAAGCAACUUGCAGCAAUUGAAUCUAAGCUGGUGCGGUGGGUUAACAGAAACCCCUAAUUUUGGUGAUAUGCCAAACUUGGAGACACUAAUUUUAGAUGGGUGUAAGAAUUUGGAAGAGGUCCAUCCCUCUCUUGGACAUUGCAGAAUGCUUACAGAAUUGAAUUUGAGUGAAUGUGAAAAACUUAAGAAGCUUCCAGAAUUGAAAUUGAGCAACUUGAAGCAUUUGAAUCUAAGCGGGUGCGGUGGGUUAACAGAAACCCCUAAUUUUGGUGAUAUGCCAAACUUGGAGACACUAAGUUUACAUGGGUGUAAGAAUUUGGAAGAGGUCCAUCCCUCUCUUGGACAUUGCAGAAUGCUUACUUAUUUGAAUUUGAGUGAAUGUGAAAAACUUAAGAAGCUUCCAGAAUUGAAAUUGAGCAACUUGAAGCAUUUGAAUCUAAGCGGGUGCGGUGGGUUAACAGAAACCCCUAAUUUUGGUGAUAUGCCAAACUUGGAGACACUUUUUUUAGAUGGGUGUAAGAAUUUGGAAGAGGUCCAUCCCUCUCUUGGACAUUGCGUAAUGCUUACAAAUUUGAAUUUGAGUGAAUGUGAAAAACUUAAGAAGCUUCCGAAUUGGUGGGUUCUCUUCUUUAUUUAUUUUUUACCCAUAAAAUAGAAUUGCUUAUUUCAU